AGAGCCCGCCCCCUUUUUUUGCCAGUUGUGUCAGCUGGUCUGUAGUCAACUGUCCACAAAGACACCGAGAAGUUCCGAGCGAGUAUUACCGACGAGCUGGCGGCCUAAAGAAAUGGGAUAACCGGGAUCUCCGCCUUCACGACAACUUGAGACUGAACGAACAACCACCGGUAGCCGUCCGCCAGCCUCAUGACGGGUGCGCAGGCUAGCUAUCUGGCUAGAUAGCUGGCCGGCUAACGUUAGCUAUUUGUUUGCCGAGCAAAGAAGCGUCAUCACGGCUUCGAUGGAGCUCAGUGCAAGGCAACUGCACCAUCGCCCGCCGCCAAGCGUAAAGCAGGAGCAGGAUGACGACUCGGACGCGGAGGAGGUGAGCCUGGGCCUGCGGAGGACCGAGAACGGGCUGGAGUCGCAGAUCAUCCACAGCGGGCACUUCAUGGUGUCGUCGCCGCACAGUGAGCACCCGCCGAAGAAAGGCUACGACUUCGACACUGUCAACAAGCAGACCUGUCAGACGUACCACUUUGGAAAGGCCAGCACGUCCCACAUCUCCAUUGAUGCGUCCCUCACCAAGCUCUUUGAGUGCAUGACACUUGCGUACAGCGGUGAGCUGGUGUCUCCCAAAUGGAAAAACUUCAAGGGUCUGAAGCUGCUUUGGAGAGACAAGAUCCGCCUCAACAACGCCAUCUGGAGGGCCUGGUACAUGCAGUAUGUGGAGAGAAGAAAGAAUCCAGUUUGCCACUUUGUGACUCCUCUCCAUGGAAAUGUAGACCUGGAGCAUCGUAGUACAGAGAUGAUCACCACGGAGGGCAAAUGUUGGAGGAGACGAAUCGAGAUUGUCAUCAGAGAGUAUCACAAGUGGAGGACAUACUUCAAGAAAAGAGUUGAGAUUUCAUUAAAUUUGCAGAAGCACAAGGAUGACGACCUGUCAAGUUUGCUCAAGGGGCCCAAGGAGCAGUUAUCGCUGUUUGGGGAAGUCCCUCCAGCCAUGCACCGUGUCUCCCUUUAUCAGGAUGAAGAGAGCGAAGUGCCGCCCCCCAUGGACCUGGAGAGCCUCUUUGACAUGGAGGUUCUGAUUUCGGAGGUCUCAGACACGUUGUUCAGCACCUUCCACCAGCCCAUGGCCUGGCCCAGCCCCAAGGAGCCCACGUAUGCAGGGAAUGCAGACAUGAUCCAACCGAGACUCAACCCCUUACAGCCCAACCUCGACUUUAUGGAGGACUCUUCUGACCCACUACAAGACUUAUUUCACAGCUACCGUCAACCCGUCUUCCCCUCUGUUUCCCCUACUGCACCAUCAGUCCCCCCUCUGCCCAGCAGCAGCUCUCAGUCCCAGGUCCAGUUAAUGUCAUCCAUGCAGCUCCCAGUCAGCCCCUUGGCGAUCCCGUCACCCCUGACCUGUCAAACUAGUGGAGCCAGUGAUGGGGGUGAUGGUGCCAUUGUGGAAAACUACCUGCCUCUUUAUCCGGGCCAAGUGGCGCUGGGCAAUCACGUUGCAGUCUCCACCCACAAUCCCCUGGUGUCUCAGUGCCUUCCCAUUCACGACGUGGGGGCGCCGCCCUUGGAUGAGACCUUAGCGCCCUCCGCCAUCGCACACUCCUCCACGGCAGGCGCCAGCUCCGCAUGUACGCAGGCUGCACCUGCUCCAUCCCGGCCGCCGUCCUUGAAUGAGCUCACCGCCCCCGCCGUUCAGCCCCAGCAGAUGUUCGCCGUACCCGUGCGCCUGCAGCCGACCGGCACUCCCAAAAAACGAGUGUUGAAGAAAAUCAGCCCAGCCAAACCGCUCACCCCCCCGCAGCUGUACUUCACAGCCGUGAUCCCAACUAUGAAAGCGGAUGCGACGCCCCCUCCAACUGUGAUGAUCGCGGCCUGUGGAAUUCCUGUUGUACCUCAAACACAGAAGUCUUCUCAGCACAUGGCCCCCUCAGAGAACCGAAAGCAGGAAUCGCCAUCCAGUGUUGUUCAGGGUCAGCCAGGAUCAGGUCAAGGUUCACCUUGUUCUUUUGAUCAAGUUCCCAGUCCACAAUCUCUGAUCAGCAGCAGUACAACACCUCAGAGCCAAAGAAGAGCACACCAAGCCGAGCAGAACAGACGCUUAAUGAACUGUCGCUACAAAAUGCUCUGCAGCCUAGUUCCCACCCUCAACUCCAAGUCUCCUACUAACGCCGUCACAAUACAGAAGACAGUGGAGCACAUUGAAAAGCUCAAGCAGGAGAGGGAGGAGAUGCAGAUGGAAAUUAGGAAGCUGCAGGAGGAGAUUGCGGAUCUCAACGCGUCCAUCAGCCUGUGUCACGACCAGCUACCCGAGAGCGGAGCGUUGAUAACGCAGGAAUACUUUGAACACAUACAGUACAAGUUCAAUGAGUACGUCAAGCGGCGCACUCGGCAGAACUGGAAGUUCUGGAUUUUCAGCAUCAUCAUCAAGCCUCUCUUCGAGUCCUUCAACAAGAUGGUGUCCACCACGAGCCGAGCCGAGCUCGGCAAGACCACGCUGGAGUGGCUGGAGCGACACUGCUCCCUCAUGGCGCUCAGACCCAUGGUCCGCAGCACCCUCUGCCACCUGAGCACCAGCACGUCCAUCCUCAGCGACCCGUCGCUUUUGCCCGAAGAAGCCAUCCAAGCCAUAACGUGUGCUGAUGUCAGUCCUCCCCCUCAGGCCAGGUGAUGAAGCUCAUCGUCAUCAUCACCACCACCACGGAGGACUUGCCAUGUCUUCCUCAUGCUCACAGGAGGCCUUACGUUUUUUUUGACAUUUGUAUCAUUUCUGUAUUGUUCUUGUGGCCUGACGAGGUGUUAGCGUGAGAGCAGCACGUUCGCCUUGUGGACAGUGAACAAUAUUUCAAUGACUACUGCAAGGAUGCAAACACAAAGCAGCAAAUGUUCAAAAGGGAAAUGCAAAGUGCUUGUUGAAGAGCUUUGUACAAGUAGACUGUUUUGUUUUUUUAUACAGCCCAAUGUUUGUCGUUUGUUUUUCCGUCCUUCACAUUUGGCUUGCUCAGCUUUUUUCUGGUGAGCGACGUGACCCUACAGCCCUCAUAGGGAGCUUCACUGAAACACAGCAAUACUCGUUGUAGAUAUGUUGGGCCACAACGUGGCUAUCCACUUUUGGCAUUGUGCAAAAAAGAUGUACUGACAAUGAACAACAAAAAGCAGAUGUUAAAGAGAAAAACAUUUUAUUUGAGCAGUUUUAUGAUUGUGAUGUGUUUUUCAGUGUCAGUCUUUGGAUUUGCGCCCGUUUUUGUUGUUUUUUUUUUUCAGCAUCAUCCUUUUUUGGUUCCUACUUCCUGGUUUUCACGUUUAGUUUGCUUUUUGGGCCUUUCAGCUUAACAAUGCAGUGGCUGUUUCAAGGCCUUCAAACCGCCACGCACAGCAAAACACCAUCAAGUUGAAAGUAGGAAAAGGAAAUAUGAAGACUGACACAGAAAAACAUAGUAGAAGAUAAUACCCCAAUGAAAAAAACAGAUGGAAUCUUUUUCAGUGGCAGCCUUUUACUACAAUGCCAACAUUUAUUUCCCAUGCCAGGAGGCGGUCUUCUGGCUCCAUGUGUAUACAGCAGGGGUGUCCAAAGUGUGGCCCGGGGGCCGACAAAAAUACAAUUAAACAAGAAAAAAAGACCAGUAGUUUUACAAGAAUAAAGACAAAAUAUUAAGAGAGUUAAGUCAUAAUAUUAACAGGAAGAGAACUGCAUAAAAUUUGGAACAUUAGGUUGGGGAAAAAGUUCUAAUAUUGGGAUAAUAAAGUGAAAAUAUGAAAAAUGAGAAUAAAUGCACCAGGAGGAAGUUGAACGAAAAAAGUAAUGUAAUUAAUAACAGGCUUUGUGUAUACUGUAUAUGCUUUAGCACAAAGAUCAGAUGCAGGCUGGCUUUUUUCUUUCAAUGUAAAACAAAUGUCUCGGCCUAUCUGGUAUGGAACAUGCAAAAGUGGCCCCCAGCAUCCUUCUGACUUUUCAGUAUGCGGCCCUCGGUGGAAAACCUUUGGACACCCCUUGUAUGCAGCAUGCGUGUGUGUGUGUGUGUGGAUGGCUUUUUUCUACUUGCAUGGAGUCCUGUGUUGAGGUUUUUUAUGAUGAUGAUUAUUAUCAUUUUCCAUGUUGUUCCCGUGCAGUUUUUGAUGUCAAUCAAACCUCUUCUUUGUUGGUGUCUCAGGGCAGCGCUGGCGAGUGCAAUUAUUUAAUAGAACAAGUGCAGUCAGGAGCAAACACGGCGGCUUCUUCUCAACCUCCUUUUCUUGUUUUUGUUUUGUUUUUUGUUGAAACCACCAAACACUGCAUUGUUGCGUUUCGUCACAUCAACACCAGGCAAAGCUCUUCACUCAGCCACCUCACGUGUGACACAUCGGUGUACUCCUGUUCACGUGUACUGUUUCAUCAUUUGUUUAGCAGUUGCUUUUUACAGUGUUGCCCGUCCACUGGGGCGUUUUUUUGUUGUUGUUUUUUUUACUGCAGGACCAUGCAUCUGCACACACCUUGUGUUGUAUUGAGAAUCACGAUUUUAGUCUUCUCUUGUCACGUACUUAGUUUGUUCGUAGCACAGUUGCCUCUUUCAUUUGUUUAAAAGUAAAAGUUGUUUUCAUAUGCUGAAUCCUUUUCUUCCAAAGUUCUCCAAUGUCUUCAUGCAACACGAUGCCUUAAACAGUUCUGGAUGGCAAUAAA